AUGAACUCGCCAUUCGUCUGCCUCAGUUGUCGGCACAUCACGUUGGCAGCAAGAGCACGCCAUGCAUCGCUCACAGCAUUCCGAAGGUCCUACACACGGCCAUCCUUUGCGCCGAAGCCGAUCCUCGAUCUAAAGCACAUCCGCCAUGCUCCUGGACUUUACGAGCAAAACUGCCAUGAUCGGAACCAUGCGCCGCAAGCUCGCAACAGCUGGCGCAUCCUGGAGCUGCAUGAGAAGCUAGUCGCACAGCAGCGAGAAGUGGUACAGCUGCGGCAGCGUAGUAAUGCCAUUGGCAAGGAAGUCGGCCGCAGCGCAGACAUGGAGGGUGACAGCGACAAGGCGGCCAAGACUGCGCUGCUGGACGAAGCUCGUGGCUUGAAGCAGCAGCUUUCCGGCCUCGAUGCACAAGAGAAGGAGAUGCAGCAGGAAAUGGAGCGGUUGGCGCUUGAAAUGCCCAAUCUAAGCUCUCUGAACACACCUGUGGGAGAUGAGCCGCAGAUCUUGGAUCUGAUCGACGAGCGUCCUCUGAAUCGCUCUGCGAAGAGCCAUGUGGAUAUCGGCAAGCAGCUGGACAUUCUCGACUUUGAGGCCAGCGCAACGACUAGCGGGUGGGGAUGGUAUUUCCUCAAGAACGAGGGCGCUCUGCUCGAACAGGCCUUGAUACAGUAUGCGCUGUCGGUCGCCAUGAAACGAGGCUGGCGGGUGAUGACUCCUCCCUCGUUGGUCUAUUCGCACAUUGCAAGUGCAUGUGGCUUCAUGCCGAGAGAUCAGAACGGCGAGACGCAGAUCUAUGGCAUUGCUCAGCACGAAAAUGAGCAUGCAUCUGAUCGACCCAGUCUGGUCUUGACAGGGACGGCUGAGAUUCCCUUUGCGGGCACCCAAGCCAACCGUACUCUGAACAGCCACGAACUGCCAUUGAAGGUGAUAGGGCCGUCGAGGUGCUAUCGUGCGGAAGCCGGAGCUCGAGGAGUUGACACCAAAGGCCUAUACCGCGUUCACGAAUUUACAAAAGUAGAAAUGUUCGCUUGGACCCUACCAAAUACCGAUUCUGAAGGAGAUCGCUUCGGUGAUGACGAGUCGCACAGCUCUCAGGCCGACCAAGUCUUCGAAGAAAUGGUUGACAUCCAGAGAGAGAUCCUCACCUCACUCGGACUCCAUGCCAAAAUCUUGGAGAUGCCGACCGCUGACCUCGGCGCGAGUGCGACCCGCAAGAUCGAUAUCGAAGCCUUCUUCCCAUCCCGCGAGGCAAUCAACUCCGGCUACGGCGAAGUGACAUCCGCCUCCAUCUGCACAGACUAUCAGGCUCGCCGGCUGGGCACCCGUCUCAAGAAUUCUAGCGGCAAGCUCGUGUGGCCGUACACCGUCAACGGAACCGCCAUGGCCAUACCUCGAGUGCUAGCCUGCAUCAUCGAGAAUCACUGGGAUGACGUCGCGGGCGUGGUGCAGAUACCGGAAGUUCUCAGGCAAUACGUGCCGGGCAACAUCGCUACCAUUCAGUCGCCCAACAAGUCAAGGGACUGUACGACCAUUGUGCCAUGGGUCUUUGGGAUGCUGCAUCGCCAUCAUGUGUACACCAAACCAGAACCGCUUCAUCAACGGUACCUGCUGUCCGGUCCAUGCACCACCAUCCAGGAUGCGCGCGCCUCAUUGUAG